AUGACGAGGAAGCAGCAAUCUGGAACUAGAACGGCUGCACCACGUAAUUCUGCACCAACUGUAUCAAAUGACGAGAAUCAGUAUGUUAAAUCCUUAAAGAACUUGAAGUUGAAAAGGACAAGUGAAAUUGAAAGAAUUACGAAGACAAAGAUGGAGUUGGAUAAGACUGCUCAGCUAUACCAUGAACAAUUGAAAACUAUAGUGGAGCCUUAUUUCCGUCUCAUGGAAGAGAAUAUUGUACUUAAGGGAGAGAAUGGAAUACUCAGAAGUGAUAUUAAAUCGCUCAAGGAGGAGAAGGUUGGAAUGGAAAGGGAUUCUGACAUCCUCUGUAAGAAGAAUGAUGAACUGGGAUGUAAAAUUAAAGUACUUCUCGUAGAAAUGUCUGCAGUGGAAAAUGAACUAAAAUUACUCAAUACAGAAAGUGAGGAAUUGGCGAAUGAACUUGAUUCUCUAAAGGUAGAGAAGCUUAUACUUGGCGAAGAGAAGUUGAAACUCAUAAGUGAUAUUGAAUCACUCAAUGAGAACAAGGCUGAAUUGGUAAGGGAUGCUGACUCGCUCCGUAAGGAGAAUGAUAAGCUGGAAUGUGAAGUUCAAAUACUUUGCAAAGAAAAGUCAGAAGUGGAAUUGGUGAAUGUUUCGGUGAACGUAGAGAAUGCUAUACUUGAAAGAGUGAAAUUGGGACUCAAAAGUGAUAUUGAAUCACUCAAUAAGGAGAAGGAUGAAAUGGAAAAGGAUGCUGACCUGCUCUGCGAGGAAAAUGAUAAACUGGGAUGUAAAAAGGAAAUACUUCGCAGAGAAAAGUCGGAAGUGGAAAAUGAUCUAGAAUUACUCAACAAAAAGAGGGAGGAAUUGGUGAAUGAUCUUGAUUCGCUAAAGGUAGAGAAGGAUGAUCUUAGCAGAAAGGAGUUGAAACUCAGAAGUGAUGUUGAAUCACUCACAAAGAAGAAGAAUGAAAUGAAAAGUGAAAUUGAAUCGCUUAGCAGUGAGAAGACCAACUUGGGAAAUAAGACUGAGUUGCUCAACAAAAUGAAUGCGAAAUUGCUUAGUGAUUCUGAAUUUCUCAACAAAGAAAAGUCUGCAGUACAAGGUAAUGUUUGUUUGCUCAACAAAAAGAAGAUUAUUCUGGAAAAUGAAAUUGAAUCACUUAACAAUGUGAAGACUAAAUUGGGAAAUGAGACUGAGUUGCUCCACGAGGAGAAGACGAAAUUGCAAAGUGAUUUUGAAUUUCUCAACAGAGAAAAGUUUUCCGUACAAGGUGAUAUUUGUUCGCUCAAUGAAAAGAAAACUGCAGUUCAAGGUGAUAUUCGUUCCCUCGAUGAAAUGAAGACUACUCUGGAUAGUGAAAUUGAAUCGCUUAUCAAUGAGAAGACUAACUUGGGAAAUGAUACGGAGUUGCUUAACAGUGUGAAGGCUAAAUUGAUAACUGAAACUGAGUUUUUCGCCAAGGAGAAGAUAGAUCUGCGAAGUGAUUUUGAAUUUCUCAGUCAAGAUAAAACUCAACUAGGAAUGAAUGUCGUGCUGAUCAAGAAAAGAAAGUCUGAAGUGGAAACUGAAUUUGAAUGCCUCCAAGAUGAGAAGAGUAAGCUGCAUGGUGAUAUCGAAAUUUUGAACAAAGAGAAGGCUCAACUAGGAACCGAUUUUGAACUCACCAACAAAGAGAAGGAUAAGUUGCAAAAUGAUAUUGAACUUCUCAGUGAGGAGAAGGAUCAAUUGCAGUCUGAUAUUGAAUUUCUCAAUGAAGAGAAGGCUGAAUUUGUUCGAUCCGUCACUUCUGAGGUUAAUGAAUCUUUUUAUGAACGUGAGAAAACAUUGGAUGAGAAUGAAAAAAUGUGCAUAGAGCUUAAAGAGAUGAACCAAACAUUGGUUGCCAAGGAACGGGUUUAUACUAAGGAGCUUCAGGAAGCUCGCCAAGAACUUAUCAAGGUACAUUUUGAUAUGUUCUGUUGGAUAUCUGGUUCUCCAUUUUCGUCUGGAGCCAUGGCUGCUGAUGGUUUUCCUGAUAGAAGUCAUUUUGGUGGUGUUUGGGGUUGUGUUAGUGGGGGAGAAUCGUAUCAGGACCAUAUGGAGCUGGUGCGUUCAUCUAGUGUACAUGGAUGGUCCUCAGAUCUUCUGAACAGGACAUCAUUACCUGAAUCGCAAGGAGUUAUCUCUGCCAAAUUCAAGUGUGGUUGCGCAAUUCACUGGCACGUAGAACCUGUUUCUCCAGCUGAUGACACACGUCAGGUAAUGCAGCGAGUGGAGUCAGAAAAGGUAACCAGAAAUUCGAUCGGAGUAAAGAGAAUAAGAGGAGGUGAAGUGCUUUGGAAUUUUAAGGAGAAGAAGAGAGCUACGCUGAAAGAAGUGAUCAGUUUUCAAUUGAACCGUACAUGA